AUGUACCCCUACAAUUCAUCAAAAACAGAGGCAAAUGAUUCGAGUAGCGAUGAAAGCGAAUUUAACGAGGAAAACGAAAUAAAAUACGUUGAGGAAUCGUCGGAAAGUGAACCGGAGCUGGAAUGUGAUAUAUGGGAUGUGGACUGUAAAAUUGUGAACAAUUCAAAAAGUGAUUUAAUCGGAAGGCACUUAAUGCCAACGUGCAGCCGAAAUCCAAAUGAAAGCCCUAAAAAGAGACUAAAACUUUCUGUGGAGGCAAACAAAAAAUUUACUCGAACCGAAUUCAUUAGUAAAUUUAAAGACCACUGGGUGAAAAAUACCGCAAUAAAGACAGAUGGUUUCGAAUUAAUCACGGAGCCUUUUAAAGUGUGCGUUUUUAGUAAUUUUAUUGAAAAUGGGGAUGUUUUAAAUGAUGUCAGGCAAGAGUUCUACGAGCUUGACUGGAACAAUAGAAACAUGGAUUUGUAUGAGUUUUUUCAGUCAAAGGAUCUUAAAUACUUAAACUCUGAGCACAUUAAGAAUGUGUAUAAUUUUUUGAAAAAUGAUGCCCUUAAAUUGGUUUCAGACUUGACAGGUUUUGAGUUGACUCACAUAUCAGCUACAUGCAGCUUAUACAGCAACACGGAUUAUUUGCUGGUGCAUGAUGAUCAAAGGGAAGACAGAAUGGUUGCGUUUGUUUUGUAUUUAACUGGCGAAAAUGGCUGGAGUAAAGAGAAAGGAGGAGCUUUGCAGUUGCUGGACAAAGAUGAAAAUGGCCAACCAAGGAACACAGUUAAAGAUAUUUUCCCUGCCAACAACCAAUUGGUUAUAUUUCCUGUUACCAGUGAUUCAUACCAUCAGGUCGCCGAAGUGACUUCCUUGAGCGACUGCCGCUUAAGCAUAAACGGUUGGUUCCACACAAAAAUCCCUCCAGUUUUCGAAACUCCAGUUUAUGACGCGUCGAUCAGCGCCAUUUUCGGCGAUAAAUACCUAAAAUCCAGAGAAGUCGAUAUCGACUUGCAAACGUGGAUAUGCGAGGAUUAUCUGGAAACGAAGUCAGUCAAAUUGAUUCAGCAGCAUAUCGAGGAAAACUCGGAGAUAUCACUUAAACAUUUUUUGAAGCAGGAGCCUUUCAAUGAAGUAUUAAAGAUACUGAAGUCUUCAGAUGUAACUUGGACAAAGGUGGGGCCGCCGAAUAGAUGCAACUACGAAAUAAUAAAUUUAGAAAAUUUACCCCACAUUCUUGAAAGAUGUUUAAGUCUUUUUCAGUCAACUGAAAUAUUUAAUUUGCUGCAUAAAUACACCGAUUUAGAGUUAAAUAAACCGAAUGCCUCCGUAAAAUUUGAGUUGCAAAAAUGGACGCCUGGCAGUUAUACCUUGUUGACUGAUUACAACUGGCAAAGCAAAAACGAGCUGGAUUUGAUCAUGUACUUUGGUUGUAAGAGUCCUGCGAAUGUAAUUGGUGCCAGGACUCAGUAUGUAACCAUAGAAGACGAAAUACAGAACGCUUUAAUUACAUUGGAACCUGAGGAGAAUAAUUUGAAUAUAGUUUAUAGAGAUUCGGCUAGGUUCACCAAAUAUUUUAGCAAACAAAGUAAGUGUCAAACGUUUUACAAGCUUAUAUGUUCUUAUUGCGAAUAA